UUGUCAGUGAAGAGAACGGCCGCUAUUUUGCCUGUUAUUCUUCCAUCGUAACUAAUUGAGGCAAUGGCAGAUAUAUCUAGCUAGCGGAUAUGAAAGCCUAGUCAUGUGGCUCCACUUAGUGACGUGUUAGGCUUACAAUAAGUGAGAAAUGAAGCAGAUAUUGGCGGACAAAUGGGGAAGGCUGCCUCCACCUCAGCUGAUAACAUUAAGUAUAGUAAUUGACGAACACAACACACCACGUGGAGAGAAGCAAGGUGUGGAGUACCCAAGCCUCUCACAGUCCAUGCUAGUAGACUCACCCUGCAUGUGGAGAUCUCCCAAAAUGCACGGAGGUUAUUCAGAGCUGCAGGACAGAGUACUUGAGGCCAUUGGUGAACAGAAAGCUGAGGUUGAACAAAGCCAAGAAUUGAUAGCUGCCCAAGGUGUAAGCAAGAUUCACAAUGAUGAGGUCAUUGUGACGUGUGCAAUGUGUCCACUGGUCUUGGCCUUCCUGACCAAGGCAGCCACACAAAGGAAAUUCCACGUCAUUGUUGCCGAACGUGCCCCUAAAUAUGAUGGUCACCCAGUGGCAAAAGCUUUAUGUACUGCUGGAAUUGAGACAACAUUAAUUCAAGACUCUGCAGUGUUCCCCAUCAUGUCACGUGUCAACAAGGUCAUCAAAGGUCAUCGUUGGCACCGAGACGGUGGUGACCAACGGAGGCAUUGAGACCUUUGUUGGUGCAGCCUCUCUUGCCUCACCACCAAAGUUUUAUUCUGUUCCACUGUAUGUGUGCACUCCCACAUACAAAUUUAGCUUGAUGGGCUGUGAAGAAAUGUGAUGCCGGAUAAGAGGGAUUUUACUGUACCCUGUUUAUCUUGCACAUCUACUCACUUAGCUUUAAAUAAUGGCUGCUGACCAUUUAAAUCUCUUUUAUUUCAGUCGAGGUACUGCACCAUCCUACGUGUACCGGCAGCUUAGCGAACUGUACCGUCCCACUUCUUGUGAUCUCUAAGGUAACAGCUUUAAUCCUUGCAAAUAAGGAAUAAGAGAAAAGAGACACACCUGCCAUUUGUACUGUUAUGCUGUAGUGUUCUGUCAUUUUUUUUCCUUUUAUCCUAGAACCAUUUUUGGUCAUUCAUGUUUCUAAAAAUUAUUAUACAAAAAUGUUGAGCUUAAUAUGUUUGGUGUAGCUUUUUGUAACAUGUGUUAUUGUUAAUGUGUGUGGUUCCCCUCAGGAAGAAUGUUGCAGUAUUAGCAGUAAUGUUACAGCCAAUGGAAGUGUCUGUAUUGUGCUUUGGUGGGAGGUUAAUUUGAUGUAUUUUUAGAGUUGUGCAGGAUAUUAUAGCAAGCCCUCAAAAUAAAGAAAAUAACUAUAGAAAACACUCCUUGUAUUGAAAACACCACUGCAGAGAAAUCUCUAAUGAAACAGGAAACCCUACAUUCAGUACUGUGUGGUUGUUGCAGUAACACUGAGCUAAAUGCCUUUUGGAUGGUUGUACACUAAAAAUAAUGUAAAAAUGCCUAUAAACAACUGUCCCUGCAUUAAAAACCUUUCAUCAUAAAAUUACACACAAGAUACUCAACCAGUGCAUGAAUGUUCAAGCAGUACCAUUUGCUCCCUUCUGCACAGCUUGCAGCAACACUUCUGGCGCUGCAUAGUGAACAGUGAAGCACGGUGUCUU